AUGGGAAAUGUAGACCAUGACCUAGAAGAAUUCUUAUAUGAUGCAAGUGAACCUGCUAUGGUUGAGUCAAAUGAGUUGGAGAGGUAUAUUGCAGAACCACUUCUGAAAAUUGUUGAUGAGUUUGACAUCUUAGCAUGGUGGAAAAACAAGAGAGAACAAUAUCCUAUCCUUUCACAAAUUGUUCGGGAUGUAAUGGCCAUACAGGUAUCAACAGUAGCAUCUGAGUCUGCUUUUAGUGCUGCUGGUCGUGUUGUUUAUCCCUAUCGUAGUCAUCUUGAUCCUUUGAUGGUACACGCAUUAAUUUGCACAAAGGAUUGGGUUGCUGCAACAAGAAAAGAUUCUAAAAUGGUUGGAUCAAUUGUGAGUGAUCUUGAGGUUGAGGCUUUGGCUAAUGUUGUGGCUAAACUGAAAAUUGAGGAAAAGGACAAGUAG